AUGCCAGUGUUUGCAGGUGACUACCAAAACUGGAAGGAUUCGAAGUCACACGGCCCAUCUGACAAAUUGCAUCAGUAUAGUGGCGGCGGCGGCGGCGAUGGUUCCUCGCGAAACCGCUUCAACGGUCGAGCACAGGCUGAGUUCGGCGCAUCGGCCUGUGGUGGCGACUUUCCAAGUCGUGGUUGUCCAGGCUACGAUCGUCGCGAUUUACGUGACAACGGUGGUGGUGGCCCUGGUUAUGGUGGAGGCGGUGGUUCGAGCUACGGUGGCAUUAGUGGUCCGGGUUACGGCGACGAUGAUGGUGUUGGUGGUGCAGGCUAUGGUCCCCGUUACGGCAGCGGUAGCGGUGGUCCGGGUUACGGUGGCGGAGGUGAUCUGUUUUACGGCAGUGGCGGUAGGCCGGGUUAUUGCGGUAGACCAAGCUACAGCGGUGGCAGUGGUGGGCCAGGUUACUGCGGUAGAGGUGAUGGGGCUGGUUACGGCGGCGCGCCAGGUUUCAAUGGCGGUGGAAGGGGGCGAUGUUUCGGUGGUGGUGGCGGCAGUGGUCCAGCAGGUGGUAAUUACGGUCGGCCUGCUUAUGAAAAGGGGCCUCCGAACAGUGAUUUAAGUGGACCAGGGUUUGGCGGAAUUGCGCCGAACAGUGUACGGGCACCAUUCGGUGGUGCGGGUGCACCUGAUGGUCCCGUUAGAGGAGGGUCCUAUGAGGGGGAUUUUGGAGGCGGACAUUCAGCUGGCUGGAGUGACGGGCCACCGCGACCAUACGGCGAGGAUACGUGGCGCAGUCAGCAAAAGUUAGUUCACUGA